ACAAACAAUUAUACUCAGACUGCUAGAAAACAAAAAGUUGUCAAAACCUUUACUGUUGAUGUUUCCUCCCCAACUGAAAAUGGUGUUUUUGACCCAUCUGCUUAUGCUAAAUACUUGAUCGAUCACAUUAAGGUUGAUGGUCAAACUGGUAAUUUGGGUAAUGCCGUUGCUGUUGAAGAAAAUGGUUCUGUUGUUACUGUUGUUUCUUCUACCAAAUUCUCUGGUAAGUACUUAAAAUACUUAACCAAGAAGUACUUGAAGAAAAACCAAUUGAGAGAUUGGAUUAGAUUUGUCUCCACCAAGACUAACACUUACAAAUUGUCUUUCUACCAAGUCACUCCAGAAGAUGAUGAAGACGAAGAAUAA